AUGACUAAAUUACCAGUUGUGGUUAUGGAUAAUGGUACUGGGUACACUAAACUUGGUUUUAGUGGAAACAACGAACCUUCUUUUGUUUUCCCUACUGCCAUUUGUACGCGUGAGAGUGUCUCGAGCAGCGGAAGGCCCAAUGUGUCUUCAAAGCCCUCCUUCUUGAGCAGCAAUUUGGCUUCUAAGCGAGGUAUUGAAGAUCUUGACUUUCUCAUUGGAGAUGAAGCUAUUGCUCAAGCAAAGACGAUGGCCUUGAAUUAUCCUAUUCGACACGGGCAAAUCAGCAAUUGGGAUCAUAUGGAACGAUUUUGGGAACAAUCUAUCUUCAAAUAUUUGCGCUGUGAGCCCGAAGACCACUAUUUCCUUUUGACUGAACCACCUUUAAACGCUCCAGAGAAUCGUGAAAUGACAGCAGAAAUCAUGUUUGAGUCAUUCAACGUUCAAGGCCUUUAUAUUGCCGUUCAAGCUGUCUUGGCUCUUGCUGCAUCUUGGACUUCCAACAAGGUGAGCGAGCAGACCUUGACAGGCACGGUCGUUGACUCUGGUGAUGGCGUAACUCACGUGAUUCCAGUCGCUGAAGGUUAUGUGAUUGGCAGUUCUAUCAAGAGUGUGCCUAUUGCUGGUCGAGACAUUACUUCAUUUGUUCAAAACUUACUCCGUGAGCGUGGUGAGACGAAUAUCCCACCAGAAGAUUCGCUGCGUAUAGCAGAGGCUAUUAAAGAAGACUACAGUUAUGUCUGUCCUGACAUCGUCAAAGAAUUCAAAAAGUAUGAUCAAGAGCCUGACAAGUAUUUCAAAAAAUACGAAGGUAUCUAUUCAGUGACUGGAAAGAAUUAUACCGUAGAUGUUGGUUUUGAGCGUUUCCUUGCACCUGAAAUCUUUUUCAAUCCAGAGAUUGCUAGCUCUGACUUUUUGACUCCUUUACCUGAAAUUGUUGAUACCGUGAUCCAGACGAGUCCUAUUGAUGUCAGAAGAGGAUUAUACAAGAACAUUGUAUUGUCAGGUGGAUCUACGAUGUUUAAAGGAUUUGACAAGAGACUCCAAAGAGAUAUCAAGCGAGUUGUUGAUAAGCGUAUUCAGGAUAGUGAAGUUGCUAGUGGAUCAAGGGCAACGCCUAUGGAAGUGAAUGUCAUUUCGCAUAAAAAGCAGCGUCAUGCUGUUUGGUUUGGAGGCAGCUUAUUGGCUUCGACUGGUGAGUUUUAUAAUUACUGUCACACAAAAGCAGAGUACGAUGAAUAUGGUCCUAGUAUCUGCCGUCAUAACAGAGUGUUCAACUCUGUUUUGUAA